UUGCUCGAUAUUUCGUUCAGGGAGCGCCGUGAUGCCACAUUGCUCCUGAAUCUUCCUGGGGAUUGAUCGCGUCGCGGGGAUUCGCUCGCGGUAUUUCCAGCUCGAUUGGAUGAUCCAGGAGAUUUUGGGACGAGGUUAAGCUGCUGAAAUUUUGUUGGACUAGCAGCAUGGACAACGAUGCGUGCUUGUUCCGGGAAUCGGCCAGCACACUGCAGUGUCUUGAUGCGAUUUUCGCUACUUCCAGGGACAAGAAAUCGCGAAAAUCACUCCUGCGCGACGAAUGCCUAUGGCAUCGAAGAGGUCUCGCAAUCUCCAGGGACAGGCACUUGCGAAAACCAAGUUUGCAAGACAAACACCUACUCCGCGAAUGCCAAAGACGAGGCGGCACUGGAUGUGCUUACAUACUUGGACUCUCGAUCUCUUCUCACCUCUUUCAAGGAGUGUGCAAGUCUGGCAAGCAAGGAAGAAUGCAGGGAUUUCGGUGGGAUCUUGGUGAAAGUAAACUCUUUGGAGAAAGCCAUGGCUGCUCAUGCUGAUGGUCUGAGGAACGGGUUCGACUUGGACAGAUUUGCCGCCAGCACUCUGAUCGAUGUGUACGCGAAGUGUGGCAGCAUGCUGGACGCUCGACUGGUCUUUGACAGGCUCCGACACCACGACGUCGUGUCAUGGACCGCAUUGAUACAAGGCUUCGCAGAGAAUGGGGAAGAAGAGGUGGCGCUGGAGCUCUUCUCACAGAUGCAAACUCAAGGCAGUUGUUCAGCGAACGCUCGGACUUUUCUCGCUGCUUCGAACGCUUGCACUGGUUUAGCGAGGAAAGAAGAGGGGCGACAGGUUGAUGGAGGAAAGAUGGUGAAGAUCGGGUCUCUGGAACGGGGGCUCUCCGUGCACUAUCAAGCUUUGAAGGCUGGCUGCGAUUCCAACGUGUUCUUGACGAGCUCGCUCAUCAACAUGUAUGCGAAGUGUGGGAGCUUGCUGGACGCUCGUAUGAUUUUCGACAGGAUGCGUCAUCACGACGCAUUCUCUUGCACGGCGCUGAUGCUCGGCUAUGCUGACAACGGAGAAGAGGAGCUGGCCUUGGAAAUAUGCAAGCUUCUCCAGUUCAGAGGUUCUAUUGCUGCUGGGAUUUUCACUGCUGCUCUCAACGCGUGCACAGCUCUGGCAGUCAAGGAAGAGUUCCAGCAAGUUGAUGACCGGCUUCUCAAGGUGGCGGCUCUCGAGAAAGGAAGAGCGAUCCAUUUGAAAGCUGUAGAGACGGGGCGGGACUUGGACUCUCACGUUGCAUGCUCGCUCCUCAACAUGUACGCGAAGUGCGGCAACCUGGUGGAGGCCUUCAGAGUCUUCGAAUCCAUGCCUCUCCGCGACGUGGUGUCGUGGAACGCGCUAAUGGCCGGAUGCGUAGACAACGGGGAAGAGGAGCUCGCUCUGGAAGUUUUCUCUCGAAUGGGACGACCGAACCGCAGGAGCUUCUUGACGGCACUGAAAGCUUGCAGCCGCCUGGCACGGAAAGAGGAGGCCACGCCGGUUGAUGGAAGGCUGGUUCGAGUGAAGGCACUGGAAAUGGGAGCUGCCAUUCACUCUCAGGCUGUGGAGCACGGCUGCGACUCGGACCUCUUCCUGGCCAGCACUCUGGUAGACAUGUACGCCAAGUGUGGGAGCUUGGUGGAGGCACACAAAGCAUUCAGCAGCAUGCCAAGGCGGUGUGUUGUCUCGUGCAACUCUUUGAUCCAUGGCUACGCCGAGAGUGGUGAAGAGAGGCUAGCUUUGGAGCUGUUCGAGGCCAUGCCGCAGUUUCCAGGCUGCAAACCGAACUCCCGGACUUUCAUCGGUGCGCUCAACGCCUGCAUCAGUCUGGCGGCCAAGGAGGAAGCCAAGCAGCUGUUUGGAAGGCCAGUGAAGCUGGAGGCCUUGGACAUCGGCAUGAAAAUCCAUUCCAAGGCUGCCGAGCUUGGCUGCGAGCUUGACAAGUUCGUUGGAUGCUCGCUGGUGAACAUGUACGCCAAGUGUGGGAGCCUGGAUGACGCUUGGCGAGUGUUCCACGGCAUGCCCCGUCGAGACGUGGUGUCCUGGAACGUACUGAUACUGGGAUACGCCGAGAGCGAGCAGCCGGAGGUGGCCUUGAAGCUCUUCGCACGAAUGCGAGACGAGGAGGAAGGCUGUGAGGCGGACUCUGGGACUUUUCUUGCGGUGCUCAAGGCUUGCGCAAGCCUUGUGGCUCUGGAGACCGGGCAGGCUCUUCACAGGGACGUUUAUCGGCAUGGACUCGAAGAUGACAUGGUUCUGGCUACUUGCUUCGUGGACUUCUACGCCAAGUGUGGGGGUGUGGCAGCUGCUCAACGGGUGUUCGACUCGUUUUCUAUGACGAACAUCGUCAGCUGGAGCGCACUGUUAACAGGCUACAGCCACCAGGGAGAUGUGAAGCAAGUCCUGGAUCACUUCCGUGAUAUGGAGGACGAAGGAGUGCAGCCAAAUGCUGUGACGCUCACUUCCGUGCUCGCGGCUUGCAGCCAUGCGGGCCUGGUUGACGUCGCCAGGGACUACUUCCAAGCGAUGAGCUUCAAGUAUGGGAUUCGUCCGGGCAUCGAUCACUACCACUGCUUGGUGGAUGUGCUCGGGAGAGCCAACCAUUUGGACGAAGCAGUGGCUGUGGUAAACGCCAUGCCUUUCGAAGCCAACGCCAUGACUUGGAAGACGCUGCUGGGAGCAUGCCGGAAGUGGAAGAACGUAGAGUUUGGGAGGCUUGCAUUCGAGUCGCUGCUGGAGCUCGACGAGAAAGACGUGGCUGCCUACGUCUUGAUGGCCAACAUAUAUGGGAGCCGGGGCAUGGUGGAAGAACAGCAGCAUGUCGAGACGAUGAAGGCGGGUGCUCGAGACGAGAACUCGGUGGCCGAGCGGAGCUGGUGGACUGAAGAUACUGGCACGGUUCACUCGUUUGAAGCUGGAAACGAUGCAAGACAUCCGCAGUCUCAAGAGAUACUCAAGAAGCUCGGCGACUUUGCGGUGGAAAUGGAGGAGGACGGUGGAAACAAGCGUCUCUGUUGUCACAGCGAGCGAAUGGCCAUUGGUUGUGCGUUACUGAAUACGGUGCCGGGGACAGCCAUACGUAUCGUGAAGAACUCUCUGCUCUGCGAUGGCUGCCACAAAGUCGCAGCAGCUAUCUCAAUGCUGGAGAAGAGGACCAUUAUAUGCCGGGAUGCAAGCCGGUUUCACGUUUUCAAGGAUGGGACCUGUUGCUGUGGUGACUACUGGUAACAGGACUGUUGGGAACAAGAUCAGUUAAGUCGAACCUCUGUUCCAUCGCUCUUUGAUUUCAGGUUGACGUUGGGCAUCUUGCUCAUAGAUGUGACGAAGUGAAGGAAGCUUUGUUUAGGAGCGGACAAGCGGCCGAGUGGAUGCGUCCUGUGUCAGCUCCUGUUGUCACACGUUCGGUCAAGAAUAACCUCUUUGGACAGGCGUUGUGGAGCUCAGCAACGCGUCCUUCCAAAUGGUAUGCGUCAACAUGUCAUGAUUUUCUGACUUGGCAGAGUUUUCAAUUACCAAGCAAGUUGACGAGAUCACUUCUGGACUCGAGGCCCAUUGCUUGCAGUCAUUUGCUCGAGACAAAUGGUCCUCGGUGGGAGAAGUAACAGCUGGAAGACUCGAAUCGCAAAACUCAAAUCUUCCACCUCCAUUUUUCAAACUUUUUUCAUGUGGCAGGUCAAAGGUCACAAAUCACGACUGUUCAUUUCACCAUUGAGUACUAACAUAAUCCAGACAAGAGGUACCAGUCCAA